AUGCCGGGCGUCGUUGAGGCCGGCGCCAGCCCUGACUGGUCGGGGCUGGGCUUUACUGUUGCGCAUCAGAAGGUUGAACUGGAGAUUGACUUCGCGAAUAAGAGCCUGAAGGGCAAAACAGAAAUCACCAUCCACCCGCAGUACAAGGACCUUCGCGUUAUCCGAUUGAGUUUCCGACAGGGCGAAAUCAAGCGCAUCACCGUCAGCGGAAAGUCCACUCCCUUCAAACAUACGAACUCUUACGAUACUCUUCAACUGUACGGGCCUCAUUAUCACCAGCGACUGUCGUCUCGGAUAGAUAAACUCGCCAAAUCUCCACCGGAAGCUGAGUUGUUUGUGACCCUCCCGAAAAGCGUCAGGAUCGAUGAACUCGACCCAUUCUCUAUCGAAGCCCAGGGCCAGAUGGCCCUGCGAGCAACAGGUGCCGGUGACGAUGCCGAAGGACUCAUAAACUCGAAAGCGGCGGAAAAUACACUCCCACGUUUCACGGCGGUGACGGUGUAUGCUGAGUUUGUCAUUGAUACUAUCCGGGAGGGUCUGCAGUUUGUUGGUAUGGAGAACGGCGAUAGGCGCUACCCGCAUGUCUACACAACAAAUCCACUAGGGUAUGGCGUCGGAUGCCCCCUGUUCCCUUGCGUUGACGACCCCUCGUCUCGUUGUACAUGGGAACUUUCAAUAAAAACGCCUUGUUCGUUGGGGGACGUAUUCGACCGCAAAUCACGGGACCCAUCUGGAGCCGGCUCAUCCAGUCGUAACAAGUCUACGUCUGGCCACGGGCGAUACAUCUCCCCAGAUGAUGAGGGUUUGGAUAUGUCGGUGGUUUGUUCCGGAGACAUGACGGAUGAAAUCAUUGACCCGAAAGAUUCGAGCAAGAAAACCGUAUCAUUCGCGUGCAUUACUCAAUUAUCAGCGCAGCAAGUGGGCUUCGCCGUUGGUCCUUUCGAAUAUGUAAAUCUUUCUGAUUUCAGAGAAAGUGACCAGGAUGAACAGCUUGGGCUAAAUGCCAUCCCACUUCAUGCUUUUUGUCUCCCGGGGAGAGGGGAUGAGCUUAGGAACACAUGCUUCCCCAUGGCAAAGGCAAUAGACUUCUUUUCCUUGACUUAUGGAUCCUAUCCAUUCUCAAGUUACAAGAUGUGCUUCGUUGAUGACACUCCUGAAGAGACCUUGCCGACAGCCUGCUUGUCGAUUUGCAGUAACCAUCUUUUGUUUCCAGAAGAUAUCAUCGACCCGAUGUAUGACUCCACGCGCAUGCUGGUCCACGCUCUAUCGUGUCAGUGGAUUGGAGUCAACAUCGUGCCACAGACAGUUGUGGACACGUGGGUGACCGUCGGAGUCGCUUGGUACAUCACCGAUACUUUUAUGAGGAAACUCUGCGGAAACAACGAAUAUCGAUUUCGAAUGAAGCAAAUGUCCGAUCGAGUUUGCGACCUAGAUUAUGAACGGCCAUCGAUACACGACAUGGGCAACUACUUGAAGCUGGAUGCAUCUGAAAUUCAAUUUAUUGCACUGAAGGCGCCUCUCGUUCUAUUCAUUCUGGACCGACGACUCACGAAAGCAAGUGGAAAGGCGACAAUGUCCCGUAUUAUAUCUCGACUAUUUCUCACGUCACGAACUGGCGACAUGUCCAACGGUGCCAUCACCACGGCUUCUUUCCAGAAGACGUGCGAGAGACUUGGCCAUGCAAGGCUAGAUGCGUUCUUCGCCCAGUGGGUGUAUGGUGCCGGGUGCCCGCGGUUCCAAGCCACCCAAAGAUUUAACAAGAAAAAGUUGGUGGUGGAGAUGAUGAUCAAGCAAGUCCAGUCGGAACAACCGAGCACUCGUGAUUUAGAGAAGAACAGUUUCAUGCGUGAUGUCAAAGAGGAGAUUCGCGGUGUAUACGCAGGUGUUGUUCAGCCGGUUUUUACAGGCUCCAUGACAAUCAGAAUCCACGAAGCUGAUGGUACGCCAUAUGAGCAUAUUGUUGAGAUCAAAGAAGGUGUCACCAAGUUUGAUAUUCCGUACAACACCAAGUACAAGCGACUAAAACGGAAUAAGAGACAAAAAGAGCGCGCCGCUGCCGUUUCUGGUGAUCCUACCGCGGAAGUACAAGAAGAUGUCUUACUUUACUGCCUUGGGGAUGUACUGCAGAGUGAGGAGGAGAUGCAGGAAUGGAAACUGGCUGAUUGGAGCAAAGAAGACGAGGAGAGAAUGGGUCAAGAAUCCUACGAAUGGAUCCGUAUGGAUGCAGAUUUCGAAUGGAUUUGCAAACUAUCAUUGGUGAUGCCAGGUUACAUGUACCUCUCCCAGCUUCAACAAGACCGAGACGUCGUGGCCCAGUUGGAGUCCUUGCAGUAUAUGGCCGCCCAACGAGAGCAUCCACUGAUCUCCACAAUUUUCGUCCGAACUUUGAUGGAUCGACGAUAUUUCCACGGGAUCCGUGCAGCUGCAGUUCGAGCCCUUGUCAAGCAUGCAAAAGAAGAAAUCAACUGGCUAGGGUUGUUCCACCUAGAGCGAGCGUUUCAGGAGCUGUUUUGCCUGCCAAACUCGCCGAUGACUCGUUCAAACGACUUCUCUGACAGGGCAGCGUAUGCGCUCCAGUUGAUGAUCCCGGAGGCCAUCUCAAAAGUGCGUGACAACGGCGGUAAGACUCCAAUGCGAGUCAAGCGGUUUUUGCAUGAUAAGCUGAAGUUCAAUGACAACUCCAAUAAUGAGUACUCGGAUAAUUUCUACGUUGCGAUGCUCAUGGAGUCAUUGUGUCACGCUAUGCUUGGCAAGGUCGAGUCAGCGCCCGUUGAGAUGGACGAUUUCGAUAUGGAACGAAUGCUCGAGCUGCAAGCAGAAGAGCAAUUGGAAAAAGACGCCUUGGCCGAGAUCGAUCGGUAUAGGCGAAUGGACGAGUGGUCAAGCUCGUUCCAGAACGUCUAUUCACGUGCAGCCCUACGUUGUCAAAUGCAGCUUAUGCAAGCCAACAUAGUUGAGAUGGAUAUUAUGCAAUUCCUACCUUACACACGGGCUGGCACGUAUGACCUUCUUCGCCUGGAUGCGUUCGAGUGCCUCGUGGAAAUGGAUUUGUUCAAAAACCCGGAACUUCUGAAGUGGUUCAUCUACGCCAUGUCGAACGAUUCUUCCACCUGGCUCCGACGACGGCUCCAUAGCUUGUUUGGCAAUGCUCUUGCUCCUGUGGCUUUUGGCCGGGAAUCAGAAACCCAGGCCCCAACCUCCGGUGAUGGUCUCAUUAUUGAACAGGAAUCAUCAACCGAAGUCCGUCAGGCGACUUUGGCACGGAAACAAACCGUCCCAGGCGCCAUGGAAGCACUCAAACUCGAAGUUUCCGGAGAUCAAGUUCUCAAAGAAGCUCUGUGGGCUGCGUGCAACUCCCCUUGUAUUGGGAUCUUAGAGCUUUCUGAAUUCGCCGAUCUCUGCCGAAUCAUUUAUAGCCCAGUCACCUCCGUGAAGGUCUCUCUGAAGUAUCCACGCUAUUGGAAGGUGAAACACCUCGGAAAGGGUCGAAUGCACUUUUUCCGAUCCAAUCGUGUUCGCACCACUCUUACCCCGUCGAAGGAUUCAUCUACAGCUCCCACGAAGCGCAAACGAGAAGAGCCGGGAAUGCCACCUCCUGGACCUCGUAUCACAUUCAAGCAGUCGAAGAGCAGCUCAAAGGUUUCGUCCCAACCUCCGACCCCGGCACCGCACCCAACUCCCAAAUUACACAUCCCCAAACUUUCUUCCCCGGCACCCCAAGCGUCACCCCGAAACCCGGCUACGCCGUCUACGCCAUCUACUCCUGGUGGCGGGUUCAAAUUAAAGCUGAAGUUUGGCCAAAAACCCCAAUAA